AUGUCCUCACAUGCUUCUGGGUCAGCCAUCUUAAUACCGGGUUUGCUUGUGACUCACUUAUGGCAGCGGAGAAAAUUGUCGACGUGCGAGGACGAAAGUCACGCCAUUGCAGCCUUCAAGCAGCAGCUUGGCAUCCACAUCAAAGAGGAGCAGGAGUUUGGAUGGAUUGCAGAAGUUGGCAUUCAAAGCCCUUUGCCUCCACGCUGGACGGCACACUCAGACAAUUCAUCUGGCUUUGUCUACUACGUGGACCAUGACCGGCAGGUCAGCAGUUGGGAGAACCCGCUGGUGCCAUAUCUUCGGCGGAUCGUGGAGAUAGGCCGCAACUACCUCAAGUGCUACUCUGCUGGCUACUUCGAGGAGCAGAAGGGCAUUCUGUGGCAUCAGCACAAGCAAGAGCUGGACAAAUGGCAUGGCCCCUUCAUGGAUGACUCCGGGCGCGCGUACUUUGUCAAUUCUGAGGAUGGCGUCUCUUCAUGGCAGGAUCCACGAAUAGAUGCGCAGUACAUCUUUGAGCUGGAGAGUGGCUUAUUGACCAGCCUUGAAGAGAUUCUGCCGGCCGCCAAACCAGAUACACCAGAAUUCACACCCCGGAGCGGCAAGGGCGCCCGCCAAUGGAAAACGGCCGAAGGCGCAGAAGUUCUCACGCUCGAGCAGGACGCCCACCAGAUCGUCAAUACCACGGCUCGCAAGGCUUUCCGCGAAAAGAAAGCGCGAACCCUGACCACCACGGCCAUGAGGACGGCUCAAGCUGAGUACAAGUCCACCAUGGCGCAGAUGAGCUCGGUGGCCGAGCGCCUGCGGAGUCUGCAGCUGGACGAGGAGGAAGCCCAGCGCCUGCAGCUCAUGAGGCGAACCGAGGACCGCAGGAAGCGUCGAUCUGGCGGCACUGCGGCCUCGGCCCCCGCGGGCGUCGUGCGCAUCCCCUCGAACGCUGGCAGCGCAGAGCAGGAAGGAGCUCCAAAGCAGUUCGCUGUGACGGACGACGGGGUGCCGCAGCCUCCGCUGAGACGCCAGGAUACUGUCCCGCCACCGCCUCCGCCUGACGAAGUCAUGCAAGAGGCGGCGCCGCCGAGGGCACCUGCGUCCUCGUCAGAGAGCUUUGCGCCUCCAGCUCACCCGCCUUCGCCAACUGCAAACAACAAGCGGCCAGCGCUCCAUGGUACUCUGGAAAGAGCCUUGAGCUCGAAGAGCCAGGAUGAUUCUUUCCUGGGCUCGGCAUUCGCAGUCUUGGAGUUGAAGGGGUCUGAGGUGAAAUGCACGGAAGCUUUGAGUGAGCCUGAGCCACCAGUGAGACCGACGCGGUCCUACUGCCUGCUGGGGAAUCAGAUUGUCCUCUCGGAGGGUGACGCCGUGCUGACCAACACAGGCUGGCGAACAUGGGCAGGAAGUUGGUUGCUAGCAAGGCAUUUGGAGGCUCCGUUCGAAGCCUUGCCCAGUCGGAUUCUGGACCUAUCUUGUGGGACUGGUCUUGCUGGCAUUGCGCUGGCAAAGGCUGGCCAUGAGGUGGUGCUGUGUGAUUUGCCCGACAAUGUCCAGACUGUGAGGGACAACUUGAGCCGGAACAGAUCUCCCGACUUUCCUUGGGUUGACCGAGCGCGAGUGGUGGGCUAUUCCUGGGGUAGACCUUUGCCAGAGGAGCUACAACAAGCAUUUGAUGUAGUGCUUUGUGGCGAUCUAUUAUUCCAUGUGUGGAGUGGUAAGCUGCAGCUCGAAUUCAUGCAGACUAUACAGGACAUUCGCCGUCGAUCGACGGGUCCUGUGAUUCUCUUCGCUGGCCAAGUGCGCAGUGGACGCCAGGAGAGCCAGGUUCUGGACUUUGUUGCCGAGCGUCUUGGUUAUCAGCAGGUGCCCCUCAGCGUGGAGCCCGCGUGGUUCGAAGCGUGCGGAUCACCCUUGGUGCCAGAUGCCAAGUAUAGGCUGACGCGCCUGGAAGCCCGAGAGCGCGCGUAA